UCAACUCUGAUUUGGUACAUUUUUAGAUAAGGAGUACCUAAUACCUAUUUACCUUGUUAAUGACCUUCAUUGUUAUCAUUGUAGGGCAACUAUAGAGACACAUGACUUGAGAGUACAAUUGAAGUUACAAAUAUACUAAACAGGCCUUUGCAUCAUCAUUUUUACUCUGAAGUAAAUCAUUUGUGCGUGGAUAGCAUUUGUGCCUACAAUUCUUCAUCAUGAGUCUUAAGGUUGUUAUCUUAGGAGCUGGUGGCCUAGUAGGGACGCGUUUAUGUCUAAAGAUCGUUCAGCUACAGGAGAUGCAUAUUAACCCUACGGAGAGUCUACCAUUGAAGAAAAUCGUAAUGUUCGAUGCGAUGGAGUUGAAAACAAUCCCCGAUAGCAUCAAGGGUGACGCUAGAGUCUCAGUAAUGAUUGGUGACUUGUGCGACAAGACGAUCAUGGCUAAAGCGGUAGAGCCGGACGGUUGUACGAGAGUGACUGUAAUACACCUCGCUGCUGUCCUCAGUGGUUACGCUGAAGAGAACUUCGACCUUGGUAUGAAGGUGAACUUGCAUGGCACGCUGAACGUUAUGGAGUGCAUGAGAGGUUUGGUUACGGAGCUGGGUCAACCUCAGAUUUAUGUCUACGUAAGCACAGAUUACGUUUGCUGUUUCAACGACUAUAAUAAGAACAACCCAGUGAACGAAGAAUCAUUCCGUCUUUCACCCGUGUCAUAUGGUAUCCAGAAGUCUUGUAUAGAACUGUUGAUGUGUGAUUAUACCCGGAAGGGGUUCUUAGAUGGUCGAGUAGCUCGUCUUUCAGCCGUGAUCGGACGUCCAGGAUGGUCGAACUCAAUCUCUUACCCAUAUACAGGUAUUUUCACACAGCCACUCGAAGGGAAGGAUUACGUGGUUCCUCUACCAAUGGACAUCCCCUUCCCAUGUUCUAGUCUUAAUAACAACAUCGAUUGCCUGUUGUUUACCGCUAGCAACCUAGAUGGAACCAAACUUGGGCACAACCGUAUUAUUCAGCUUCCAGCAAAAAGUUGGACACUAAAUGAUAUAUGGGCAGCUACCAAAGAAGUUGCAUCUGAGGAAGGUGUCCAACUUGGUAAGAUUACCAACCAAUCAAAUGGAGGUGAUACCACAAUUAAGGAGAUCAAUGUGUGUCCAUAUGUAGACUGUGGAAAAGCCGAACGGCUUGGUUAUCCCAUGGAAGUCGAUCUAAAGGACAUUAUAAGAGACUACAUCAAUGUAUAUAUAAAGAAAUAGAAUCAGUCGAGGACCAGAUGUAAAAAAUAUGAUAACAAUGUAUGAUAUUAAUUGAAAGUAAUAAAUUGUUAUUCAUAUCAUCAAUAAAAAGCAUUUGGAAAGCAAUUGUAUAUCUUCAACUGAACGGCAUUGGUCUUGUAUUUCUUCAACCAAACGACAUUGACCUU